AUGGAAUCAGACAGUGUUUUAUCAUUACCAUCCGGAUGGCUAUAUAAGUGGACAAACUACCUCAAGGGAUAUCGUAAGAGAUGCCAUCCGAAAGCUGUUUCGCAUACUUGUAUGGGAACUAUUGAUCUGACAAAUAUAGCCAUCAGUUCAAAAGGUUCAGGAAACUCAUUCAUUCUUCACGAAGCUCGUGGUCGUUCCUACCAUUUGAGAGCUCUGAAUGAACAAGAUAAGAGGCGUUGGAUGAACGUUCUAACGGCUGCUAAGUCGAAGCUCAUUAAAUCUCAUAAUGGUCUUGAGUCGGAUAGCUGCUCAGACGACAUGAAUUCCUAUGUUCGUUCAAGGAACAGUGGAAAGGUAUCACAGAAUAACAAUUCCAGCACGAGUGCGACAUCCAGUUGGCGAUCAUUUAGCCGAUUUCGACGAAAAAAUCGUUCAACUCUGGCAGUCUCUUCAACAACUGAAGAGAGCACCUCACCGGACGUUAUAGUGAGUCGACACUCUGGUAAAAGGAAAUCGGACCCAAUUUCCCCAAUGCAGUCUCCACUAGCCAACGGCUCUCGUACCUCGGAGAUUAGCUCCGUGAAAUCACCUCUUCCCUUCACAUACUCCCCUCAAAGACGGCGUGUGUUGAAUUCGGGUCUAGCUAAUGAAAUCUGUGUUACGCGGGAAUUUCAAGACCAACUGAAUUCUGCCGAUUCAGCUUUUGAUAGCUUUAUCACCCAUGCCAACCAUGUUGUGGAAUCAAUAAGGGACGUUACUGCUAGUGCAACGGAUAAAAGUAAAUCGAAUACCGGUGUUAUUGUUGGAAAACUUGUUAAUCUUCGCUCGACUAUCGAUGAACUUGUAGAGGCUUGCCAAAAGACAAUGACCGCAUGGACAACAUCGACAGAGUGGUUCCAACGUCAGUUAGCUUCUGAGUAUGAUAAGAGCGCGCGUUUGGAACGAACAGUUGAACAAUUGGCCAAACAACACCGAGCAUUAGAGACACAAUUCUGUUCCAGUUACGCCUCCCUCUCCAGUGGCACUAAUCGUCCCACUUCACCGAUGCCAUCCAUCAGUGCUAUGACUUCUACCUCACUUCAAUUGCAAGAUCCCACUCGACUGUACAUCAUGUCUCGUUUUGAUCGCUCUAAUUUCUCCUCGAAAUUAAAAUCUCAUGCCCAUACAUCAAAUUGUCCUAGUCAUAUGAUGUAUACCGGUUUCAUAAAGUGCAUGGCUAUUAUAGAUCUGCGUUUGUCCUCAGGAAUCCGGUCGUUCAGUAGUAUGGAUGACAUCUUCUUUGACGCCGAGAGCUCCCUUUCAAAUUUCCCAAGUCGAGCUGGUUUGAGUGGUAGUGGAGCACGGGGUAGUGAUGACACGAUGCUUAUCCAUCCUUCUUUCGCCUCCCUCGGCAGUCUUCGUAAUGUGGACGAAUCUUCGGGUAGUGAGGCAGAUGAUCUGGUCACAGCAGCUGCCGAUGAAGGCAUCUUUGCUGUCCCCUGUGGCAAUCAGUCUUACCUUUCCUCACCCUCGCCUGGUCAGUCUCCUAGCCCUACGAAUACGACCCGUUUGAACGGACAUGGGCGUCGUGGAUUGAGAUCCGAGGACUCCAGUGAUAGGAUAGAAUCUAUGAAUGAUUCCACCACCACCAGCAGUAGCAGUAGUCUAAGGGAGUCUGGUCUAAUGAUACCAGCAUCAAGACGCCAACGUCGAAUUUCCAUACCACCGCGACCUCGAAUCUCCCUUAAUCUGUGGGGUGUUCUCAAAAAUUGUAUUGGCAAAGAGCUCUCUAGAAUACCUCUACCGGUUAACUUUAAUGAACCCCUAUCCUUCCUUCAACGUGUGACAGAAGAUCUCACUUACUCCAAAUGUCUGGAUGAAGCGUCUCAAGUCUCAGACCCAGUGACUCGUAUGGCUUGGAUUGCAGCCUUCUCAGUAUCCUCCUAUGCUACUACUGCAGUCCGUAUGAGCAAACCUUUCAAUCCCCUUCUUGGUGAGACCUAUGAAUGUGACCGAUCCGAUGACUUUGGUUGGCGCAGUUUCGCUGAACAGGUCAGUCACCAUCCCCCGGUUGUGGCUCAUUACUGCGAGUCCAUAAGACAUGGCUGGAAAUUCUGGCAGGAGUUUACGGUCGACAGCAAAUUUCGUGGCAAAUAUCUUUCCCUUGUGCCUAAAGGUGGUACUCACUUGGUCUUCAAAGAUGGUCAGCACUUCACUUGGUCCAAGGUAACGAUCACAGUGCACAACAUUAUUGUGGGUCGUCUGUGGGCUGAGAUUCACGGCGAAACUACCAUCAAGAACCACAACACAAACCACACCUGUCGUAUGCGCUAUCUAGCUCAUUCCUACUUCUCCCGAGAUCCUGACCGAAUGACAGACACGUUCUUACGACUUGUGUUCUCUUUUCUCCUAUUUGUCAAGGUCACUGGCUCUAUCUUCGACCCCUCGGACACUUUGGUGUACAAACUGACUGGCACAUGGGAUAGUGAAGUAAAGGGUGGUCGGGUGGAUCCAGAAGGCAAUCCCACUGAACCUCCCAAGGUCCUCCUCAUUGUGGAACCCCCUUCGGCCAAUUCUGACUCUAUGUACAAUUUCAAUAAGUUCGCUAUUGAGUUAAACGAGCCAGAGGAUGGAGUAGCUCCCACUGAUUCUCGCCUUCGACCCGAUCAACGGCUUAUGGAGCUGGGGCAAUGGGACGAAGCAAACACUGAGAAGGAACGUUUGGAAGUAAAACAACGACGCAAGCGAAGAGCCUGGGACUUAUUUGAGGCUGGAGAAGAGCCUCUCGAUCCCGAACUCGGUCCGCCCUAUAAACCAGUAUGGUUCUCUCCCAUCCAUGACACGUACACCGAUGAAGACUGCCACAAGUUCAAUGGGGAUUAUUGGACAAUGAAGGCUAAACAAGAUUGGUCACGAUGUCCUGACAUCUUUUAG